UAUUUGUCUAAAAAAUGUUUUAAAAUAAGAUUUCCAAAAUGUAUGAAAUUUAUUUCGAAACAAGAUUUUAGAAUAAGUUUUACAAAAUGCAUAUAAUAUGUUAGAAUGGAGUGUAAUCAGUAGUUGUAGGAGUGCAGGAAGGAAUAGAUAUUGGCUUUUGCUAAAGGCCCAGACAAAUAAAUCGUGGCCUUUCCGAAGCCCAAAAGAACAAAAACCUUGUUCAAUAUACCCUCCGAGUUUACGGCGUCGUUUGCUGCGUCUUCCCCAAAACCCUUUUGUUUGUGAUUCUGUGACGAGGGUUUGAGAGUGGAGUUGCAGCCAUAACUGGGGCUCGGAAAAUGGUUCUAUCAAACAAGAAACUGAAGCUUAAGCUCAGAGCUGAAUUGUCCCAACAACAAAAUGAUAUCAACGAAGUUCCUUCAUCUUCGAACUCUCUCAAAUCUCUUUUGGACGCUGCCACCCCCACACCCAGAUUGUCCAAGCGAGACAAACGCCGAAAGCUUCGAUCUUCCGAACACCCUCCAAAAGAAACCAACAAGGAAACUGAAACAGAGGGUUCACCCAAGAAGAAAAACAAGAAGAGAAAGAGGAAGGUAGAGGGCGAUGACGUGGCAAAUGAAGUUCCCGACAACACACCCCAUAACAACAGUAAGAAGAAAAAGAAGAAGAAGAAGCUGAAGAAGAACAAGAAGAAAGAAACCAAAACCGCGGAGGAAAAUGGUUCUAAUGGUGGAGGGGAAAUGCCUGAGGCCACAGAGUUAACCAAGACCAAUACAACUACCAGUCAAGACCAUGGUGAUGUCCCUACAAAGGUUUAUGUUGGAGGAAUUCCUUAUUAUUCAACGGAGGAUGAUAUUCGAAGUUAUUUUGAAAGCUGUGGCACCAUAACUGAAGUUGAUUGCAUGUAUUUUCCUGAAAGUGGCAAGUUUAGAGGGAUUGCCAUUAUUAGUUUUAAGACCGAAGCAGCAGCUAAACGAGCAUUGGCUCUUGAUGGAGCUGACAUGGGAGGGCUCUUUCUUAAAAUCCAACCAUAUAAAGCAACGCGAGCCAAUAAAACAUCGGAUUUUGCUCCAGAAAUUUUGGAGGGGUACAAUAGAGUAUAUGUUGGGAAUUUGUCAUGGGAUAUAACAGAGGAAGAACUGAGGAAAUUCUUCAAUAAUUGUGAGAUAACGUCCGUAAGAUUUGGUAUGGAUAAGGAGACAGGAGAGUUUCGAGGGUAUGCUCAUGUGGAUUUCGGUGAUAGUCAGUCACUGAAAACAGCACUUACAUUGGACCAAAAUGUUUUGUUUGGGAGACCUGUCAAGAUAAGUUGUGCAGUUCCUCUGAAGAAAAAACCAGGAACUCACAAAAGCUCGACAGUUAAUGGAGCUGAUGGUGAUAAAUCAACUUCCUCAGGAAGUGGCAAGAUGAAUGGAGCUGAUGGUGAAAAGCCAAGUUCCACAGUAAGUGGCAAGAUGAAGAGAAGGACGUGCUAUGAAUGUGGUGAGAAAGGACAUGGUUUUUCGGAAUGUCCUAAGAAACAAACAGAUGUUGCAGCUACAACCUAAAGCAUGUAGGAAAACUCAAACAGGUCACGGUUCUUGUUUAUUGUCGUAGACAUUUGAUUGUAGUUUAUAGAAUACAAUAGUUCUGCAUUCAUAGAUGAUCGGGAUUUUUCAGUUUCUUACUUCCCCUUGUUAUUUUGAUAAUUAUUUUCCCCUGUUACAAUGAAAAUUUUGUGUUUGUUGUAAGCAAAGGAAAGUAGGUGGAAAUUAAAAAGUUACAAAUAGUUUGAGAUUUUGUUUUGUUCAACGAUUGAUAAGACAAUUUGGUGCGAAUUAACAGCAAAUUCAAGCUUUCUUUUCUGUAGCA